CUACUAAUUUAUAGGCGGGCGCACACACACACUCUCUCUCCAUUGAAUCCGUAAUGGCGUUAAUCGCUCGAAACGCAAAACGGCUAACCGAUACGGCGCCGUUCCUUCAAAGUGCGGCGACGAUCCACACGACACUCCCAGUACUCUCACAGCAACCUUCGUCUUCUCCGGCCACGUAUGGUCGCGCACCGCCGCCGUCCACGACGUCGCCGGCUGGGAUAUCGAAAACGGCGGAGUAUGUGAUAUCGAAGGUCGACGAUCUGAUGAAUUGGGCUCGGCGCGGGUCCAUUUGGCCCAUGACAUUUGGGCUGGCCUGCUGUGCCGUCGAAAUGAUGCACGCUGGAGCUGCGCGUUAUGAUUUUGAUCGAUUUGGUGUAAUUUUCAGACCUAGCCCGAGACAAUCUGAUUGUAUGAUUGUUGCUGGUACACUUACCAAUAAAAUGGCCCCUGCUCUUCGCAAGGUCUAUGAUCAAAUGCCCGAGCCAAGGUGGGUCAUUUCAAUGGGGAGCUGUGCGAACGGUGGAGGAUACUACCACUACUCAUAUUCUGUUGUGCGAGGCUGUGACAGAAUUGUCCCGGUUGACAUUUAUGUUCCAGGUUGCCCGCCUACUGCCGAGGCCCUUCUAUACGGAGUUCUUCAACUGCAGAAGAAGAUUAAUAGGCGCAAGGAUUUCCUUAUGUGGUGGACCAAAUAAGUUCCUUAUAUUUUUGUUUCCUUAGCUCUGUGUGAAAAAUAAACCCUUGGACAAGUACCAUGCAAAGGGGAAAAAUCGUUUUUUUUCUUCUUCUUUUGGGUGAACUCCCGGUCUAUCUGGACCUUAUACAACUCUUUUGUAUUGGUACUGGGUAAGCUGUUUACAGUUUGUAUCUGAAUAAAGGUACUGUGCAUCCUGAGGAAAUUGAUACAGAGGAUUUAUAAAGCUGAAUUCAGAUAAUUA